AAGGGAGAGAGUUAGCUUGUGUAUGUGUGUGUGUGUUUUGAAACAAACCCUCUUGCACAAACGAGGAGUCUCUGGAAGUCUGUUCCUGCAUUAGCUAGUCAGUCUUUCUUCCACCAUACACAUUUAAUUCAGAUUUUAGGGAGCUAUCUUUUUGUUUUCCCGUUACUCUUCGCGCCUGUUGCUUCCUCUCUCUCCCCCCUCCUCAAACUUAGUCCUCUGCCAGAGUGUUGGGUGAUGGACUGCUGAACAACUUGUGCGUCGCUACAAAGUGAGCUGUGUGCCUACCAAUUUAAGGACUGCCUGACAUGGGGAAGCAGAACAGCAAGCUCCGUCCUGAGGUGAUGCAGGACCUGCUGGAGAGCACCGACUUCACUGAGCAUGAGAUUCAGGAGUGGUAUAAAGGCUUCUUGCGGGAUUGCCCCAGUGGAAAUCUCUCCAUGGAGGAGUUUAAGAAGAUCUAUGGCAACUUUUUCCCUUAUGGAGAUGCUUCAAAGUUUGCAGAGCACGUCUUUCGCACUUUUGAUGCGAAUGGUGACGGGACAAUAGACUUUCGGGAGUUCAUUAUUGCUCUCAGUGUGACAUCACGUGGCAAGCUGGAGCAGAAGCUGAAAUGGGCCUUUAGUAUGUAUGACCUCGAUGGAAAUGGAUACAUCAGUAAAUCGGAAAUGCUGGAGAUUGUCCAGGCUAUUUAUAAGAUGGUGUCCUCUGUGAUGAAGAUGCCUGAGGAUGAGUCAACGCCUGAGAAAAGAACAGAAAAGAUCUUCAGGCAAAUGGACACCAACAGAGACGGAAAGCUGUCCUUGGAGGAGUUCAUCAAGGGGGCGAAGAGUGACCCGUCCAUCGUACGCCUGUUGCAAUGUGACCCUAGCAGUGCUGGACAGUUUUAAAGCAAAGCCGUCCACUUGACCUAAUUUCCUUGAGUGAGCCCUUCAACCUCUACUAUGGAGAAGACUGAUGAUGAAGAAUGUCAAGCACAUGAUGAAGAAGACAACGGGCCUUAGGUUUUCACUGAAGACGUCAAAGAUGUGCACAAUUCCCGACCCACUAGCAGUUUUUCUAAAUCCAGGUUUGCUCCAACUGCCGCAACUUCUAUCGCUUUUGAAAGCCCAGUGAUUGCCCUGAGCAGGUCCAGAGAGAAGAUUUCAUUUUGGUUAUAUGCACACUGAUAUUUGUGCAUCAGUGUCUUGGUUUGAUCUUUGUGGACCGCACACAGGCACUAUUGUACAUCAUAAAUGAGGAUGUACAGUAAUAAGAACUGGGUUGGCAUUCUGACAAAAAUGACUUAUUGUAAGCAAGAGAAUUUAAUCUGCAGCGGAGACUUGAGAACAAGUAUUAUGUUUGGCUUCCUCUUUGCUACAUUUGUGUGAGAAUGUAUAUUGAUGUAUGUUGUGAAUGCCAAAGUUUGUGUUUCCUUGCAAAAUAUAAUGAUAUGCUCCUGUUUGCAUUUACAGCACUUGCAAAGUCUCACAAACGUAAUGAUGGUUUGAAUGUUAUUAUGUACCUUUUUAAGAGGAGUGGCAGCCAAUUUCUGCCUUUUCAAAUUUUUGAGCCCGUAACGAUUUUACUAUCAUCUUUGUAUUCGUUCUUUUGCGGGAUUUCCAGCAUAGAAAGUAAUUUCUUCAUCUGCGAGGAAGAAAGACACUUGACGUUUUUAAAUGCUGCAUGUCAGAUGGGAUCAAUUCUACUCCAAAAACAUAUGCAUGGAGCUUAUACUUGUGUGUGUUUACGACUUUUCUGUGUAGACGAGUAUGAUGUUACAGUUGGGCCACAAUUACAUUGACGUAAUGGGAAAUACAAAUCACAAGAAAUAUGGUUUGCACAAAAAUUAGAUUUUUUGUAAGACGUCACAAGUAUAUUUUAUGUAGGAUGUUAUUUUCUUAAUCAUAUUUUUUUGUAUUAGAGCAGUCUGUUGCAUGCAUAGGAAAGGCGUAAUUGUAAGCAAUUGAGUGAGGAGAAGCGAGGACUGAAAAUAACAUUUUACACAAAAUAUAAAUGAGUUCUGGGGGAAAAAACAUGUAUUCGUGCACAAAACACAUUCUUAUGCACAUAGAACACAUACUUGUGGGCUCUGAAAACGUUUUUGUGCUUGGUAUGUCCAGAGGUGGGUAGAGUAGCCAAAAAAUGUACACAAGUAAGAGCAGUGUUACUUCAAAAUAAUUUUACGGAAGUAAAAGUACAGUAGUCAUCCAAAAGAUGUACUCAAGUAUAAGUAAAAAAAAAAAAAAACUAUUCAGUGAAAAGCAUACUAAAGUCAUGAGUAACAUUGAGAGUAACUGCUUACAAUGUCAGAUUUUUUUAAAGCAGUAGUAUAUUUUCUCAAGCACAUCAUCAAAAUUAAAUAUUAUUAUACUGCUCUAUAACCUUUUAAAUGAAUAUGCUACUACUUUUACUAUGACCACAAAAAAAUUGGGGCUGUCCCUAUCGCACGUGAUUACACCCGAGUCACCUGAUUUUGAGUCCCCGAUCCAAUACCGAGAAAAACAUUUUUUUUUCUUUUUUUUUAAUUUGAACAAAAGUUCGAAACUACUGUACUGCUUACACUACAAUUGUUACUUUUUAGUCCUUAGAUUUUUUUUUUUAUUAAAAUCCCGAUCCUUUUCACCCAUUUCCGAUCCUCUGAAAAAUGGACCAGUCAGCCCGAUUUCAGAUCACUUGAUUGGAUUGGGGACAUCCCUAAAAAAAUACACAAAAAUCAUCGAAUUCUCACUAGAAAAAUCAACAGAAAUGAAAUAUCACCCAUCCAAAGAUUAUGAGUGCCCUCUAAUCGAGAAAACAUAGUUCCUACCAUGAAAUUAAAAGCAUCAUAUCUCCGUUUUUUCGUGGUCUGUCAGUGCCAAAUUAAAACAAGAAGAGAGGCUGAAAUCUGGGCUUUCGAGUAAUGUUAAAAUUAGGGCUGUCAAACGAUUAAAAUUUUUAAUUGAGUUAAUUACAGCUUAAAAAUUAAUUGAUCGUAAUUAAUCGCAAUUAAUCGCAAUUCAAACCAUCUAUAAAAUAUGCCAUAUUUUUCUGUAAAUUAUUGUUGGAAUGGAAAGAUAAGACACAAGAUGGAUAUAUACAUUCAACAUACGGUACAUAAGGACUGUAUUUCUUUAUUAUAACAAUAAAUCAACAAGAUGGCAUUAACAUUAUUAACAUUCUGUUAAAGCGAUCCAUGGAUAGAAAGACUUGUAGUUCUGAAAAGAAAAAUGUUAGUACAAGUUAUAGAAAUGUUAUAUUAAAACCCCUCUUAAUGUUUUCAUUUGAAUAAAAUUUGUAAAAUUUUCAAUCAAAAAGUAAACUAGUAGCCCCCCAUUGUUGAUGUCAAUAAUUACUUACACAAUGCUCAUGGGUGCUGAAGCCUAUAAAAUCAGUCGCACCCAAGCGCCAGCAGAGGGCGGCAAAACUCCAUAAAACACAACAAGUGAGCGUUUCACUGUACUGUCAUUUAAAACUGUCUGAGCGGGGCAUCUGCGUUAAUUGCAUCAAAUAUUUUAACAUGAAUAAUUUUUUAAAAAUUAAUUACCGCCCGUUAACGUGAUAAUUUUGACAGCCCUAGUUAAAAUAUUUUACUCAAGUGAGAGUAGUGUCACUUCUAAAUAAUAUUACUCAAAUUAAAAGUAAAAGUAGUCACCCAAAAAUGUACUCAAGUACAAGGAAAAGAAAGUAUUUGUUGAAAAGAAUACUCAAGUAAUGAGUGUAACAUUGAGACAUUUUUUUGAAAUAAUGGGACAUUUUUUUUCUCAACACUUGAUCUAUUUGACCUGUUGUUAUUAUACUGUCCUCUGAUCUAUUACAUGCCCAUAUUACGCCAAAAGGAUGACACAAAAAUCAUCAUUUCAGACCAGAAAAACACUUUGAAACAUCACCCGUACAUCGAGCAUGAGUGCCCUCUAGUGGAGAAAAAAUAUUGUUACGUCAGAUUGGUAUAAUGGAGUAAUGUGUUUAUUAAUAUGACGUCUCAUUGGUGAAACUAAGACAGCCACUCUCAGCAUCUCUGGCAAAAAGUCAAUAUACAAAUAUACAAAUGUAAUGACUCUAAUGUAGCCCAAAGUAGGGGAGUAAGAGUACUUUUUGUUCUUCACAAGUCUACUCAAGUAAAAGUAAAAAAUAUUGUGUGGUAAAACUACUCUAAGAAGUACAAUUUUCUCAAAAAGUUCAAGUAAAUGUAACAGAGUAAAUGUAACGAAUUACUACCCGCCUCUGCCCAUUAUAUCCAUGAAAAUGUGGCACAAACUUGCAGUCACACAGGCAGCUCUGUGCUUGCUUCUCUUCCCAAGUAUUGUUUUGUCAGGGUCGCUAUUACCAGUAGUCAGUAUUAUUGAAACCACUGUUGAAUUUCUCUUUGAAAAUUUUGGACAAAUGAGACCCUGAGCGGCGCCUUGCUCUUUCAUCAUUAAGUAGCUGUUUUAUUAAGGCUUGGCUUUGGCUCUUAUAUUGAAGAACUGCUGUUUUUAUGUCAUGUCAUGCAGCUAAAACAUGAACACACAAUUACUCCAAAACUACUGCAAUGAUAUCCCAAAUGGGUUGCUUUUAUUGUGUUGUGGGAAUUUACCUUUCAAGGACCUCGUCAAGUGUAACAUUUCUGUAAAACACAAAAAAACGCAUCUUGUGGUAAAGUGCCAAAUAAGCAACAAAAGCAGUGUUGUAUAAAUGUAUACUGUACAUUUGUGAUUUGUUCAAAUGAAUGUUUGUAGAUGUUGCAUUUUUGUAGGUUUUGUAUGGUAUCCUGUGUUAAAUGGCUACAAUUUGAGAAAUGCAGGGAAAGCCUUAAUAGUAAAGG